CUACAUGAACUAAGACCAUUGGCACUGCUUAACGUGCGACUUCUCACUUCUCUGUCUACAGAAAUGGCAAUUCCUCUGCAGUUCUCUUCUCUACCGACUCGUACGGCCAUCUCAUUGCCGCAGCCCCGGAUCUUCCAGCUUCGGACGCCGCUCUCAAUCCGGUGCUCCACCGGAGAAGCCGAUUCCUCCUCCUCCUCGUCGGCCACCGUUGAUUCGGAAUUCGAUGCUAAGACUUUCCGGAAGAACUUGACUAGAAGCGCGAAUUACAAUCGCAAGGGCUUUGGACACAAAGAGGCCACUCUUGAGCUCAUGAAUCGCGAAUAUACUAGUGAUAUUAUAAAGAAGUUGAAGGACAAUGGCUAUGAAUAUACAUGGGGAAACGUUACUGUGAAGCUUGCAGAAGCUUAUGGUUUCUGCUGGGGGGUUGAGCGUGCUGUCCAGAUUGCAUAUGAAGCAAGAAAACAAUUUCCCACAGAAAACAUUUGGCUCACUAAUGAGAUCAUACACAACCCCACAGUGAAUAAGCGCCUAGAGGAUAUGGACGUUAAGAAUAUCCCUGUGAAUCAAGGAAAUAAAAUUUUUGAUGUUGUUAACAAAGGCGAUGUUGUGGUUUUGCCUGCUUUUGGGGCUGGUGUGGAUGAGAUGUUGACUUUGAGUGAAAAGAAUGUACAGAUAGUUGAUACAACCUGCCCAUGGGUCUCUAAGGUUUGGAAUACUGUUGAAAAGCACAAGAAGGGAGAAUAUACCUCCAUCAUCCAUGGUAAAUAUUCUCACGAGGAAACUGUUGCUACUGCAUCAUUUGCAGGGAAAUACAUCAUUGUGAAGAACAUGGCAGAGGCAACAUAUGUUUGUGAUUACAUUCUUGGAGGUCAGCUUGAUGGCUCUAGCUCAACCAAAGAGGCGUUUCUGGAGAAAUUUAAAUGUGCAGUUUCCAAAGGUUUUGAUCCAGACUCUGAUCUCACUAAAGUUGGUAUUGCUAACCAAACAACAAUGUUGAAAGGAGAAACUGAAGAGAUUGGCAAGUUAGUUGAGAGGACUAUGAUGCGGAAGUAUGGAGUGGAAAAUGUCAAUAAUCACUUCAUAAGUUUCAACACAAUCUGUGACGCAACUCAAGAGCGGCAAGAUGCCAUGUAUAAGCUGGUUGAGGAGCAGCUGGAUCUUAUGUUGGUGAUUGGUGGAUGGAACUCAAGCAACACUUCACACCUACAGGAGAUUGCAGAGGAACGUGGAAUUCCAUCAUAUUGGAUUGACAGUGAGCAGAGAGUAGGUCCUGGAAACAAAAUAAGUUACAAGCUAAUGCAUGGUGAGUUAGUUGAGAAGGAGAACUUUCUACCAAAAGGCCCCAUUAAGAUAGGGGUAACAUCUGGUGCAUCCACUCCUGAUAAGGUUGUUGAAGAUGUCCUUGUCAAGGUGUUCGAUAUAAAGCGUGAGGAAGCCCUGCAAAUAUCAUAGACUGCUUUACUCUCUGAGGCGUGAGCAUGUUGGCUUUCAUUAAUUACCAAAGGUUUAGGCUGGGAAUAUAUGUAAUGUAAUUGCUCUUUGCAUGGAGUAUAUAUAUGCAUAUGGUAGUUGAGUGUAUAAUAGGCCUUUGUAUUGAUUUGAAGUCCUUAAAGAAUACUCUUGAGAGUAUUUACAAUGUUUCUCCAGUGACAAAUUUCCAGAUUGCACAUUAUUCCCUAAAA